UACAUUAUUACUGUGGUUUUAAUAGUUCAAACUAUAAAUAAACCUAUUUCACUAACAGUAAAUAGUUCAAUACGGAGAGUACAUAUUAAUUUAAAUAGAUACUACAAGUUGAAGUCUAAGUUUCAAUGUAAAAAUAUCGAAACUGAAUCAGUGUGAAUAAUAGACUACAGUGUUUUUAUUCAACGGAAAAUGUCACUACUGGAAGAAGAUGCAGUUAUUGCUCCAUGGGUUGGACCUAUGAGUGCCAAAAAUAGUUUAACAGCAAUAGUUCUUUCUUUGAAUGUUGAAGUAAUCGAAAAGGUAUCGGAAGCAUUAUCAGAAGUUCAUAAGAAAAGUGGUUUUCGAUGGAAAUUGGUGAUUCUGCGUUCAUUUCACUUAGAAGAAGUUGUAAAACAAUCUGAUCUGACUGGUAGAGUAGCCAUUGACUUUGUGAUUAUUGCAUUAGACACAAGCAGAUUAUUUUGUUUGGAGUGGGCUAAGAAAGAGUUAUGUCAAGUGCAUCCUGAUCUGAGAAGGCGGCGAGUAGUUCUCGUAAAUACUAGUGGACUACCUGUGAAUGCUAUGGCAAUUACUGCAGGUGAAUUAAUAAACUUUUAUACAGAGAAUAAUGUUGAUUUAUUAACUGCCGACAUUUCUAAUACAGAAAAUACAACAUUAUUAGCCCAGAAAUUACUAAAAUAUAUGGAAGUGUCAAUAGGUGUAAGGACUGGUAUUCCUAAUAUAAAUGUGUGAAGUGAAAAUAGUGAAUAAGAAUAUUAUGAUUUGUAUUAAAUUGAAAACUGG